AAUUCUCUUUGGUUCAAACUUUGAAAAAAUUUUAAGUUCAUGUUCAUCGAAGUUUUUUGUUUAAUUUCAACGCCUUUUGUAGAGGCUUGAAUUUUAUUUUGAAUCGAAUGUAAAAUGAAUUCAACAAAAUAUGACGAUGUAAACAGAGAUUAUUUAGCCUUAGAAUCAUCAAAAUCUUUGCGUAAAAUAUUUACAAACAAUAAAAAUAUUGCUGAAUUACAUAAAGAAUUAUUGGAAGUUAAUUUGUCGAUAACUACAUACAUUGAGCAAAGCAAGGAGCGUUUACACUAUUUGAAAUUGGAAAAAGCCAGUAAACCUCAAUGUGUAGAAGAGGUGAUACAUACCUUCUCUAAUAAUUAAUUGGAAAUGUCUAGCCCAAAAACGCCUCCAAAACGUAUUAGCCAAUAUAAUACUAAAUUUAUAUCCUUCAAAAACAAUGCCCACCGAAAGAAAACACCAAACAAUGCUCAAGGAUUUAUAACUUGGUACAAAAAUUUGUUUGAAAAUGAAAUACAAAAAACUGGACUAUACUUAGCUGAUGAUGUAAGAUUGGAAUGGUUUGGACGCACUGUGAGGACCAAAAAGAAAGUAAUUGGCUUCUUACGAGAACACAUGCAACAUUCAAAACACUUUCUAACAUCUGUAAAGGAUGUUGAUAGGAUACAUUUUCGACACAUUACACCAAAAAAAGUUGGAACAGUUAACUCUGAAUCACCUGAAAUAAAAUUCUCAUGUCUUGGAAAGAGGCGCUUUUUACAAUCAAGAUGUACCAGCCCUGAAUGGGCACCUGGCUGUAAACCAGAUGAAGAGUACAAUGGAUCUGAUAAGAAAAAGUCCAAAUCAUCUGUUGUUGAGACAAUCAGCCCACAAAUCACACCACAGGGGAAUCUCUACAAAGAAGUAAAUGGUAAUGGUGACAGCAUUGUAAAAAGACAUAACACAAUUAUUACACCACCAAAUAAGGAAUGUGGGCAGGGUGACUGUCUACCAUCAACUAGUAGCAGUGAUUCAAACCGAUCUCAUGAUGCAUUGACUGCACAGUUGCCCAAACAAGCUGUGGAAUGUAAUGGAUUUGUGGAAUUCACAAGAGUGAGAAGUGGUGACAAGUGGUCAAAUGUCGAAAAUGUAAAAUGGGAGCGAAAAUGUAAACUGCAAAUUAGUUAUUCCGAGGAUCCAUUGAAUCUGGGUGAAUUCAUAAUUUGGGGAAUCAGUUAUAGCGGUGAAAGUAAGUGCAGGCGUAAUUUACUGGCUGCUUUUGAAGAAGUGGAAAAAGAAAAAAAUUCAUAAAAUCUGCCAGGAAGGCCAGACUGCAAGGAACAAAUGCUGAGUUAAUUGAAUGAGACUUUUCACUAGAGUCUGUAUUUGUUGUUGCAUGCAGAUUUUCAUUAUUGUUAAGAUAUGUUUUAACUUUAGUUCUUUAAAAAGGUUUAAUUGUAUUCAAAAUACUAUUGUUAUGUUCAUAGGCUAGUUGUUUAGUUGUUAGUAUUUUCAUAAAACCAUGUUAUAAUAAUAGAAGGUUUUACAUUUAUUGUGUAAUAACUAGGUUUAGUGCAUUCAUAGAGCAUAAAAUACAAUAUAUUAUGAUGAAAUGAUUUAAAUUUUAUGAGCUGACACAAAGUUUAUCUUUAAUCUUGGGUAAGACUUUUAACAAGAAUUGUUUUAAUUACAAAAAAAAAUAUUAUACAUUUGCUCUCAUAUUGAAUAGUUGUUGAAUAGUGGUCAAAAUAAUUCACUUCAUAUAGAUAUUACAGAGCUAAAGUAGAAAAGAGGAAUGUAUUGCUACAUGCUUGCUCUUACAGAUCUGAUUAAAAGGCAUUUAUUUUCUCAAAAUUGAUUCCUUUAGAAUUCUUGUUGAUUGGUAGACAAGUAACAUGCCAUGAAAAUGUUUACACAUUCUUACUUGUAGUUGUAUGCUGUUUACUGCCCAUAUAAAGUUUUUAAAACUUUUUAUAAUAACAUAUGAUUUGUUUAAUUGUAGCUUAAAUAAUUUUUAAUAAUUUCAAAACAAUUUAUGUAUAUUGUAUGAACAAUUCUUUAAAUAAGACUUACAUAACACUUGUUUAAUUAUUAUUUUUCAUGUAAAUAAUGGAUUAAAAGUCUCUAUUGUUUUACAUAGGCUAUAAAAAUGACCAUUAUUUAAUAUUUUGAUUACUUUUAUACUUAUAUCAUGGGAGCAUAGUUAUAUUUUAUAAUAAAUUUAAAAAGUGCAUUGAAAAAUAAACUAAAAUUCCUUUUAAGUUUAUCUUAUAUUGAUAUAGAAUAAGCAUUCCAGUGAUCCGAGGAAAAUAAAUUUUGUCAGUAACAAUAAGUAUGAACUUUCUAGAAAAUUGGAAGUUUUAAGUUUGAUACAUAUGAGGUAAGUAAGUUUAUUUGUAGUGUUUUUUAAGUUUUAAAUUUAACAAGUUGUUGAAGUGCCAGUCUUCUCUGUUUGGUUAUUAAACCAUUUACAAUUA